AUGGCGGCUGCAACAACCAUUCAUCCGAUCUUGGAUUUCUCAGAUCAUGGGAAUAACGAGAGUCAUGCAACGUACGAGUUGGCUUUGAAUGAAUCUCGGUCUCCUCAAAAUACCUUUGAAUUGCGGCCAAUAACCCGCCAAAGACAAAUCAUAAUUCUCAUCUCAAGCUUUUUGACAAUAUGUAUCACGAUUGGUCUCAACCAGUCUUAUGGCGUUUUUCAGAGCUACUACAUCUCCCCAGCUCAAAACAUGCUUCCAAAAACCACGGGUAAUGAAGGUGCAUUGGUAGCCUUUGUGGGCACACUCGGGUCUGGUCUUACUUGGGCCGGCAGCAUUGUGGUAAAUCCAAUGAUGACAAGACUAGGUGCAAAAGGUCCAAAACACAUCUGUAUAAUGGGAGUUGUCUUCAUAAGCCUAGGAUUUGGAUUGGCAAGCUUGUGUAAGGAAGUCACCCUGCCCAUUGCUGCUACUGCAGCUUCAUCACGAUUUGUUGGAAGGCGACAAACUCAUGUAGAUCUCAAGUUGGCCAUGAAGCCCGCGUUUAUCUUCAGCGUUGGAGCUGGUUUCUUACAAGCGGGAGGAAACGGACUACCGCUCACGUUCUUGGCUGAGUACUCGGUAGCUUUGGGAUAUACUUCGGCUUUUGGUGCCACCCUACUAGCUGUUUCGAGUGGAGUUAAUUCCAUUAGUCGAGUGAUGACCGGAUUCGCUGGAGAUAGGUUUGGAAGACAGAAUACGCUAAUCCUGUCGGUUAUCUUGUGUGUCGUAUCAGUAUAUGGAUUCUGGCUAGGAAGUACUACUGCAAAUGGUAACAAGGCGUUAUUUUUACUUUUUGUGAUAUUCUAUGGAGUUGCUGGUGGUGGUUACAAUGCUCUAUUUCCAACGACUGUGGCGGAAGUAUUUGGACUUCAAGCCUACGCUAGUGUAAAUGGAUUUAUAUAUUUUGUGAGAGGCCUUGGGACCAUGUUUGGCAGCCCAGUCGGUGGCAAAAUACUGGGGGAGAGUAAACUAGGAAAUUAUCGCGGGGUAAUCUUGUUUGAUGCGGCGCUUUUGUCUGGUGCUACUUUCUGUGUUAUUGCCGUGCGACUAUUUGAUUCUAGGGAAAAGAGAUCUUGGAAGUGGAAAGCAUAA